CAGUGGCCGAAUCUAUUUGAUCAGGGUACGUUGUGUGGUCAAUCGUGUGUGGUCGAAUCGACCGAAGCCUACGGGUUUUAGUCGUGAUCGGCUCGUCCGUGGUCGAAUCAACUUUGGGCUAUGGUCGAAUCGACUCGUGCCGUAGACGGAACCUUAUCUGAUGACGUCAUAAUACAGCUUCCGUGUAUCCCAGUGAUCACUGCCAGAACAUGGCGGAAUGCAGAGAUUAUGCAGCGCAAAGGACCUGGGCCCGGCAAAGGCUCUGGCAGGAAAAGAGACGGGAAGAGUAAAUCUCCACCCAUUCGAAACUACCGGAGUUUUCAUGGACGAAAUAUCAGAAUAUUUGCAGGGCCAUUGUUAUUUAUUUUUGCUCUAUUGCGUACGAUUGCCUAUCAACUGUGGCUAGCACUAGUUCUCAUUGGAUGCAGAAGCAGACGAGCUUUAACUCAAGAAUCAGCUGCAAAAUCAGAUGAAGAGGCACCUUGUCUGUCAGCCGCGAUGGCAUCAAAUGACAAAAGCAGGGCAGGGGUCGGUCCAGGAGAGCCAGCUCUUGCUUCCCAGAAGCAUCACCAUAGAAAAGCUUUCGAGCAUAUCUCCCGCGCACUGAAAAUCGAUGAAGAAGAUUCAGCUCGAAAGGAUGUAGCUGUGGAUAUGUACAAAAAAGGUAUCCUGGAACUUGAGAAAGGAAUUGCAGUUGAUGUCAGUGGAGAAGGAGAGACAUUUGAGAGAGCUCGAAGACUUCGUGAGAAGAUGAUAACAAAUCUGGCAAUGGCAAAAGACAGGCUGGAAGUCUUAGAAAAACUUCUGCUAGAAAUGAAAUUGGAUAAACAGAAAAAAGAAGAAAUGGAUGAGAAAUGGACUUUUAGAAAUCCUAAUCCUGCUGGUGCCACUCCUAAAAUUACAGGGCAACAGAGGAAUAGACCUGAGUCAGCAGUGUCAAGCAAACCUAUGAAGCUGUCUCGGCAAGCUAUGACAGUUCAUAAGAGUAAUACACUUCCACGUAACUCUGCAAACAGGGAGAGAACACGUUCCUCAUCCACAUUAUCUCCUUUGACACAGCGGAAACCCACUCAUACUAGACAGUCUUCACAGCCAGAGGCACUUAAGAACAAUGAUGGAAAGAGAGAUAUAACUUCAGCCAAGUUGAAAAAUGUUGAUAAGAAACUGGCUGACCUCAUUUUGAGUGAAGUAGUAGACCAAGGACCAUGUGUUUCUUUCAAGGAUAUUGGUGGACAGGAAAUGGCCAAACAAGCCUUAGAGGAAAUUGUCAUUUUACCUUCACUCAGACCAGAGCUUUUCACGGGUCUGAGAGCACCUGCUCGAGGUUUGCUGCUGUUUGGACCGCCAGGAAAUGGCAAGACAUUACUGGCCAAGGCUGUUGCAAGUGAAUCGAAAUCGGUGUUUUUCAACAUUAGUGCUUCCAGCUUGACUUCAAAAUGGGUGGGAGAAGGGGAGAAAUUGGUACGCACACUUUUCACUGCUGCUCGUCAACUACAACCAGCAAUCAUUUUUAUAGAUGAAAUUGACUCUCUGCUCUGUGAACGUCGGGAGGGAGAAAAUGAUGCAAGUCGUCGUCUAAAAACAGAAUUUUUGGUGCAGUUUGAUGGGGUUUCAUCUAGCCCAGAGGACCGCAUUCUGGUCAUGGGAGCAACUAAUCGACCUCAGGAGUUGGAUGAUGCAGUUUUGAGACGAUUUCCCAAGAGGAUUUAUGUUGCAAUGCCUGACCACAAAACACGUGUAUCUAUGCUGAAUCACUUGCUGACCCAACAGGGUUGUCAUUUUUCAGAACGUGAGCUUGCCCACUUAGCCACACUGACAGAAGGAUAUUCUGGCAGUGACCUAACUGCGCUUGCUAAAGAUGCAGCGCUUGGGCCAAUCAGAGAACUUAGUGUCAGUGAAGUGAAAGUCAUGGAUGCAAAUAAGGUUCGAGAGAUUCAAAUGUCUGAUUUUCUGGACUCUGUAAAGAGAAUUCGUCGGAGUGUGCCCUUGGAAACGCUUGGUCGAUACGAAGACUGGAACAGGGAGUAUGGUGAUAUCACUGUAUGAUCACAGUAUUUGGCUAUUAGCAAAGCCCUCCAAAAUGAACAGUCUUCUUUGAGUGGUCUGAGUAUAAUGAUCUGACUGUGCAAUAUUUUAUUGUGUAACUUUAAGUAAUACUUUCUUUCAUUUUAUAAGCAUCUUUGAAGAUAGCUAUAACUAGUCUUAAAAAAAAUAAAGUUUAUUCAAGAUGUGACACAGCAUUUGCUGCUAGUGGUAACAAUUGAGCAUAGAAACUUCAAUCUAUAUUACAAUAGUGCUAGAAAAGGUGAUAAUUGUUAUAGAGGCUACAGCAAACUUUGUGAAAAUCGAUUAAUAUAUGUAGCUUGCUAAGCACACCAAUGCUCAUACUGUCUUGAACUUGCAUUUUGCUUAUAGUUCUUUUCAAAGGUUGUGCAUGAACUGCAGGUAUUAGCACAAACUUCUUCUUUUGUGCAUUGGUAGAACAGUGCUGCUUUUGGGGCUCAGCAAGAUGACAUACAGUUGUACAGCAGUACAUGCAUGCCAAGCAAGAUGUGCGAACAAUAAGCCAAACACAUGUAAACAUACACACGACUGUAGAAGAUUUUGCUGUGCAUGCUGUCUCACCUUAUCUUGCCUUACAUGGUCCUGUACUGUACAUCAAUAUAUGAGCAUCUAGUGAUAGAAGAUAAGCACUUUAAGAAAAACGAAGGCCCCUGAAAAAUAAACAAGGGAACAAUUGUGUUACUGGAAUGGCAUAUGAUGCCAAGAGCCUUAUUUACCGGGUCUAAUAUUAACCAGUGCAGAAAAACUAAAAUAUCUCCAUAUCACUUAGCGAUUAACAUUUUUAUUAAUGGCACAUAGCUCCACAAUUGACUUCCCCAUGUUCAGUUUACUGACCUCCAUUUUGCUCUGUUCCUUAAUACCUCUUUUCAAACACUUUAGCAUGCCACCUGAGUACAUUUGUACCUGAACAAUCAAGGCAGCAGGCUGAGUGCCAAGUCAGGAUUACAUCAAAAUACAAUGUACACAACAAAUAAAGUGUACAAAAUCUGCUACUUUUUUGUGGAAAGUAAAUUUUUUGCCUUUAUAGAGCUUGUUAGCAUUCCAUUAACUUUUUUCCAUGUGAAGUGAGACUUUUUAAAUGAAAAACCUGAAUGCUUCUGUUGCCCCAGUAUAGGGAGAUAAGGUACACAAGACUUAGUGAUAAAUGGAUGAUAAUGAGGUUUGUUUGUGUAACUCAUUUGACAAGCAUCAGUCAGUUUUGAAAGUGAAGCCCCACCUCUUGUGAAUAUUCAUAAGUUGCAUAAUAUCAUACUGUACAUUCUAAAAUCAAUGACUGUUUUGCAAACCCCAGUAGAUGAUGGAAAAAUAGCUGCAAAAUGGUUUCCUAAAGUCAAACUUGUUGAGAGUUCUCUGACAUUUUCAAAAAAUUACAAAGUUGCCCCAUGCACUGCUGUUCAAGAACUAAAUGACAAACUGUGGCUUGAGGGAAAAUAAACGGGUUUGAAAUGUAUUAUAAAAAGUGGAUAUGUUGCCCCAAAUAAUGUGAUUAUGUUUAGAGAAUAAACUUCCAAAUGGUGUUAAGAAAAUUCAUUCACAUUCUCUCAUUAAAAUUUAUCAGACUUUCCAAUCUCCACUUGGCUUCAUAAUGCAUACAUUUAUAUAUCCUUUUUAUUUUUGUGCUGCACUGCAUUCCGCUUUUUCUUAAAUUCUUCUAUUUAAGCAGUUAUUUUAUUAAGUUAUUCUCCUUUUAUGCAGGUAGUUUGUCAAAGAAUGUACUUUUUUAAAAAUUGGGUUCUUUGAAUCUGUUUUCAUGUGUUUUAACAACUACAGGCAUUUGAUUAUAGCAUUUGGCAUUUUGUAGUUUAUCACAUUUCUACUACAUCACCACAGUUAGAGGAAUAGCAAAAUGCCUCCGCACUUACACAAUUUUGAAAUAAGGCAUGAUGCUCUUCAAAAUAAACAUCUUUUUUACAAACAACCCAUUUCAAUAACAUUAACUGUUGUCCAGAAGCUAGUUGUAUCAUAUGUCUAAUAUUUAAAACUAUUCUACAGAUGCAAAUUAUAUUCACUUAUAAAACACUGCCAGAAAUGUUGCAUUGUAUAGCUUUCGCUGAAAUGAUUUAUUUAGCUUCUAAGUGCAAAAACACAUUCAUUUCCCAUGUUUUGAAAUGAAAUAGCUGGAGAUGUCAGAGAAGCUAAUGAGUGAAUUGUGAGCAUCAUUCCAAGGACACGAUUAGUUUUUUUGUUUAAAGAUGACAAUGUUUUUCUUAGAUAGUAGUGUAAGAUUCAUCUUGAUUUCAUUUUCAGUACAGAGUGCCUCACUAUGAUGUUACUGGAGAAAAUGAUUUCCACAUCUUCUCCAUUUAUUUCUCUCUUAAUGCAUUCCGUUUAGCUAUGACGUGAGCCUUCAAGAAUGUGGCUUACGAAAACUGCAUAUCAUAAAUUUUUGUAUGUGUUCAGAAAUGACAGUAGGACUUCGUUGAAUGAAGACAAUUUUGUUUGAAUUAUGCUUGCUUGUCUGUUCAGAUGUAAGCAUACUGUUAACAUAUUACAUUAUUAUUAUUUUUUGUCAACAAUUUCUAUUUUCUUUUUGUUCAUGGUAAUGUUUGUAGGUAUUUUCUGUUCAAUACAGUUGUGAAACGUAAAUGCAUUUUGCCUAUUGUAUUCACCUGGGAAUGAUGGUCUCAUUAGGUUGGAAACUUCAUGAUGGAGCUGUUGUGUAGUAUUACUGUUGUUAAAGCAUUAACAUAUUGGUACACCAUACCAUACAAAGGCAGACCAUGAGUUUGAAUGUGAAUGUUUUUGUGGUUAAUUGAAACACUUUAAGAAAUACAGUAAGCAUUAGGCAAUGAAUUGGAGCAAUGAAUUAUAAAAUCAAAGUUAUAAUUUGUGACUUUCUCAUAAAAGAGAAAUACCAAAGUAAUUGAAAGUCAUAAUUAUUUUCAAGUUUAAAGAGUUACAUGUUGUGCUAUGGCAGAUGUGUUUUAACUCACAAUAUCAUUCAGAUUAUGGAGUGAUCUAGCUGUUGUAGAUUCUGGGAAAUUUUGUUGUAGAAGAAAGUUAAAUAUUACUACAAUCUGUUUGCUUACUUUUCUUCUAUGUCUCUUGUGAAUGUGUGUAGCAUAUUUACUUCCUAAAGCCCAGUCACUUUACUCCUUUGUAAAGAGAUUUUUACUAGUUUAUUAUUUGUGCAUAUAAGCACAGAUAUGUAAGUGUCACUAUGUGAUCGUUCUUAUAUUUUCAGCAUUUAUUUUGCAUACAUGAUUAUUGUAGAUUAAUGUGCUGGUCAUUAUUAUGUUGUCUCCUUGUCUUAAUACCUUUUCUUCAUCUAUAAAAUUGAUAUACAACUGUUUGACAUAAUUUGAGAACAUUUUUUGUGUAAGUAGUGUUGAGCUUAAGAUUUUGAAAAGUCAAAUGUUUCCCUUAUUUUUCAUUGAUUUGGCAAAGUUUUAGAUUUUGGUUACCUGAAAUACUUGAACUAUUUAAAUUAAUUGCAAAAAUCUGUAAGUUACUAAAAAAAUAUUUUUAUUUUGCUUUAGUUUGAGGGUGGGGAAUGGCUGAAGGAGGCAUGUGUAUGAUGAAAAACUUUUUAGCCAGUAAAAUAUAAGGACAUCAGAUAAUCUGUAACUUACCGUAGACCACCUGACUUGUGUUUGCCCUGCAAACAAUGAUGAUACAUAUAUUGAUAAGGAAAAAAAUUAGCAUUCAUUGUAAUCGAAGUGGAAGUCCAGAAUGUCAUAUUUUUUAAGUAUGGAUAAGAUAAUUCUGCCAUUGGGAAAACAGUUUUUCUCAAAUUAAUGUUUCACACCCAAGAACAAAAAAUUAAGAAAUGAAAGGGCAUGCCAUGAGCAACAUCUGUAAACGAAGUGGACAGGUGGAUGGGAGUUCGCUGGGGAAGGAGGUUGGUAGGUCAUAUGCCCCCCUUUUAUAGAAAAAGCAAAAUUCAGGCUUACAUCUGAGAUAGCCAGGAUGUCUCAUAGCAGCAGGUCAGACAGUUAAAGAAAACACAAAGAGGGAUGAAUCUAGAAAGGAACAAUACAGGCACAAUGCAGAGUGCAUUAAUCAAUUUAAUGAAGUUUAACAUUUUGAUGAGGGUAAUUACAAUUAUCUAGAUUAGUAAAGGAACAGAUAAUACAAUGUCAAAAGAUUCACAAACAUAACAGGAGAGGAGGAAACCUGUCAUACAUCAUCUGCACAGCAGCAACAAUUUCAGAGUGAAUUUUAGAAAUGGGUUAGUUAGGCAAAGAAGAGUGGAAUGAGAUGGGAGCAAAACUUAAUAGGCUGGAAAAUUUACCUUCAUAUUCCAAGUUAAAGACUCCUGGUAAAGGAUGGUACUAAAGAAAGAAAAUGCCAUUUCAGUAAUAGGAAGAAUCUGUCAAUCUGAUCAAUCUACGUAUUCAAUUUCUUUCAGAUUAUCUAAUGAUGUCACCCAUCUGAUAUCAUUUUGCAGCUGUAUUGGUUAAGUGCAGGGUGCCUGUAUAUGUUCUGAAGUUCAUGAUCAUUGAUUCAAUUUUGCUGUCGGUAUGUGUUUUCUAAUUCUGAGUUCUGUAUGUUUUAAUAAUAGUAAUAAUAAAUUUGAUUUGUAUUGCGCUUUUCCCCACCAUCAAAGCACUGCAGAAAAAGAGAACACACAGCUGGUCUCAAAAGCAAAGAGUUGAUUGUGAGCCCUGUUAGUGUAGCUACUUAUCUUGAAAAUAGUAGUACGAAUGCCAUUAGCAUAUAUGAAGUCCACAGCCCUGUUGAACCAUUGUUGCACGAACUUCUAUACACGUCUGCGGUUGUAGCUGACAGUACAGUCACAGAUUAUAGAGGUCAAAAGUGACACCUUGGAGAAUGAAGCCCUGUCUUGGAAGUUUGCUCUAGGUUCACAGAUGCUCUAGACACAAGAAUUAGGAACUAUGUACUUGGUCACAGAAACAUGUAUGCUGUACACUUUACAGGCAUCCACAGCCCCAAGGUUGUAAGCAGCAUGACCUGAAUAAUUCUUAAUAUUUAUGCUUACUUUCUUUCCAUCAACACUGGCAUUUCCUGUGAAGUUGAACUUCACAAAGCAAGGAUCGGUGUAAGCAAUGUCUUGAAUUUCCAAUUUUUUCCCUGAGCAAUUUUGAAUUUGUGGAUGUCUGACCUUUGCUGAUCAGAUUUUCUUCUUUUUAAGCUGGACUAUUACAAGGUCGGUUUUUGUUUUAGUCUCUUAUAGACUCUCAUAGACUAGUUUUACUGUCAAAGUGCUGCAUCAUGUCAAUCGAAGAAAAGUACAGCUUCAUAAACCUGUCAAACUUGAGGAAACCUGUCAGAUUCACCUUUUUUUUUUUUUUUUUUUUUUAGAACGGUCCACUUUAUGGCUAACACGUUGUCUGUGAAGAGUUUACUGAUGAGGUCAUGUGUUUUUAUGAGUUGAUCCUUUUAAUUUCAUUGAUAUUAUCAGCCAUCGUCUUACACAGCAUUGAAAAAUGCCUCCAAACAGCCAUCAGGCAAUUUCAUGAUCUAUACUACUUCUUAAAGCAAAUUUGAUGCACAGCAUAGCUGUUCAUGUAAAAUAUUAAGUCAUUUAACGAAAUUCUUUCUUAAAUGCAUGCAACAUUCUUGAUGGGCAUUGAACCAUUUGACAGAAGAAAGUAGUUUGUGUAAAUACUUAUUGUUAAUGGACGUGCUGUUUAUCUUCAGCAUAUAAUUCUCCACACAAAUGCUUUUGCAGUUAUCUUGAUGCCUUUAACAGACAUAACAGCAGCAUUCAGGUGACAAUUGGACAAGAUGAAGACCAGAGUUGUUUUGUUUUUUUUUAUAAAAAAAAAAGACUUUUGUUACUUUUGUCAGUACAACCAUUCAGUAUAUAAUGAGCAUGCAUUAAAAGUUCCCAAAUGGCUUACAUUAUCAUAAAAGUGUCACAUGCUUGGACUGUACAAAGUACACUAUUCAGAACCUAUGUCUUUAGACUUGCUUUAGCAAGGCAGGGUAUUAUAGAAGGUUUUUUAAGAUGUCGUGGAAUUUGAUCAUUUUUGAAUCUACAUUUCAUUUUGUAGCUUCAGACUUUAACAGCUGUUAACAGUUAUAGGUGUAUUUUCAUAUCCUUCAAAAGUUGCACAUUUGAUGUUUUAAGAUGUAACUGUUUUCUGUUAGAUCAAAUUUUGUUCACUGUAAAUACUCAUUUCAUAAAUUGCUCUAUGGCCUUCUUGAAAGAAUUCAACCUUACUCUGUCCGAUCUCUCAGGAUCUCACGGAUGUAUACUGAGUGGUGGGUAAAUUUCAAGCUUUAUCACUCAGCGAAUUGUGGCAGACAAGAUGCCUUUACACAAAUCAAAAUUCAAAUUAUAAUGGUUGGAAAAGGAUGCAUAACUGUAAACCUGUAUGGGAAUAUCGCAGGUUUAUUGUGACUCGGCUAAUAAAGAUCUAAAGUAUAUUGGUUACAAAAAUUAGGUUUGAAUGUGGUUAAUUUAUCAUUCAGAAUCAGAAUAACAAUCUCACUUGAUAGCAUAUGGAAAUAUUUGCUUUAUAUUUGAUCUGCUGCAGAUGAAAGCUUGGCAGCUUACUAAAUUUUUGUUUGUCUUGUGAAAAUUAUAGACUUUCAAGUUCAUUGCUCAGUUCUUGCACAGAUAUAAGCUUGCAUCAAUAAAGUGCUUGUGUGCCAGCGAAAAUGUAAUAAUUUGUACCAUUUAUGCAAUCAGGAAUCUUUUUCAUGCCAAAGCCAGUGCAAACGUCUGCUGUAUUUAACUGUAUUGGCACACGACACAUAUAGUAGUAUAGAAGUAUCAGGACUAAUCUCUAGAGGCAAAAGCCAGUUGUGAGCAAAAUGGCGAUCUGUGAAGCCUCAGUGUGGAACAGCCGCAGUUAUUGCAAAAGAUUUCAUUUCAUUAAUUUUCAUAUUGAUUUGAUGAUGUGUCCAACAAGCUUGAUUUUUUUUUGUCACAAAAACAAUUGGUUACAAUAAAUCAAAAGUAUGAUUCAAAA